AUGCCAAAGCCAGGUGUCAAUGAGCGCAAAGCAUCAGGCAAGUCCACGUCUGGACCCAACGGAGCAUCAACGUUCUACAAUGGACCGACCGUCAGCGCCACGGCGAGAGAUAUGCAGCAAAAGGCGAAAGUCGUGGCGAGGGACGUAGCGAAGGACGUCAAGCAAACGACACGGAGAGUCAAAGCGACUGCUCGAAGACAUCCUUGGUCGAUCAUUUCCAUCCUCACAACUAUCCCUUUCCUCCUCACCAUAUCCCUCUUUUCCACAGUCAUCUGUCCUCCGCCUUCUACACCUUCAUCUUCCAUCUCCAAGUUCUUCCUGACGCCCCUCGGUCUGCAUAAGGAGCCUUCAACUUUGCAUCAGACACUAUGUUAUCCUGCCAACGUGUACCACCGAGAGGUCCUCCAGCCAUACAUCUACCCUAUCUUGGAUGAUCUUCAAUCCCGAGCGACAGCUCACCCCUUCUAUCUGAAUGCGAUCGAACCCGUCGCUAAGAAUGCCCAGACUACCGCAACUCAACUCUGGGAGGGUCCUAUUCGACCCAUUGUCAAUAGGAUCUCCAGGGGAGCCAGGAAACUCUACUUGACAUACGUCUCUCCUCACAUCCCGUGGGCUCGAGCGAAAUGGUACACACUCACCUCGCCAUACACUUCGAGGGCUUCGAAACUGUAUCGAACCCACGCAGAACCUCACGUGAAGACUGCUUCAAAGUACGCUCGGUCCGCUGCGGACUCUUCAGUGAACACCUACAACUUUAUCGCUGGUCAUCCUCUCACUGGACAUGCUGGACGAUACGCCAAUCAAGCUUAUCACUUCUCUCGUCAGAAGAGUGUACAAGGAUACACAUGGGCUAGACCACAUGCGAUCAGAGCCGGGAAAGAAGGCCAAAGGAUAGCGAAGGAGAUCAUCUUCCCAAAGCUCAAGGAAGGGUACAUGUGGGCAGACGCGCAGUUGAGCCGGGGACGCGCCAUCGUCCGAGCAUACAUCGUCAAGCAAUACAACACUCACCUUGAUCCUGUUCUUGGACCACAUAUCAAACGAAUGCAAGUCAUCCUUGACCCUUACAUCUCUGCGUUCGACAAACAGGUCUUUAUCCCUUACAUCAAGCCGCUCGUUGAGAAGAUCAUCCCUGCUCCUCUUCUUGCCGAAGCUCCACCCAGAUCCUUCUGGACAUUGAUUUCGGAGAUUUUACCGUCUCCAGAAGGUGGCCGAGCCGCUCAACGUCGAGGUUCCAUGGACAGCGCGUACGACAAGGCUGCACAACAGAAACAAAAGGCAGCGGAGGGGGUAGCAUCAGCCAUGUCAAAAAUCAAUAAGGCCACUCAAUCGAUCAAAUCAGCCGCUUCAUCGGCAACUCCUUCCGCUAAAGUAUUUGAUCGAGCAGAGAUGGACAGAGUCAGAGAUGCUUUGAAGAAGCGCGUGGAUGAACGUGGAGCUCAGGGACUCAAGGACACACGGCAAAAGCUCUUGGACCAUCAUCGAUCCAUCUUGUCGGAUUCUCAGAAAUUGCCCCUGUUGGCCAACAAUGCCAGGGAAGAGAUCUCCCGGGACAUUGACUAUAUUCUUGCCGGAUUGGACAAGCUUUAUACUCAGUCUACUAGUCUCACCAAAGAACAGGUCGAAGCGUCUAGUAAGAAGAGCGAGGAUCGAUUGGCGAAAAAGGUCACUACAGCCAAGGAGAGAGGUGAAAAGAUGAAAAUCAAAUGGAACGAUGAAGGGAAGUCGUUCGUGAAGGAGGCGAUGGACUCGUUGAAUGCUCUCUUUGGCAAAGAGUGGGAAGAUCUCAAGCUGAAGAUGUCUGGAAUUGCAGAUCUUUCUCCCAAGGACUGGACCAAGUUCGACGCAUUGAAGAAGAGCGGUGAGGAAUGGGAAAGCAAAUACCUAGCACUUCAGCGUGGAGAGACCAAGGAUAAGGCUCUUUCCGCCAAAGACGCCAACAUCAACACUGCCAUUGCGGAGCUCUCCACUGAGCUCGACGACAGACUUGCCGGAUUCAAAGAACGCUUGUCUACCUUGAAACGUACCGCGGCAGACAGAAUCGAAGCUCGGCAAGCAGUCGCUGCGGAAUCUGCCGCCGGCUCUCCAGCUACACCAUCCUCCGCGUCGAAAUCCCAGACGAGCUCCGAGUCCCGAGUUUCGAUCUUGCCCAUCGAACAGGAGACCAUGGACGUGGUAGUGGAUAGUGCAAUUAUUGGGAAGGGAAGACAGCAAGUGGUUGACGCUCUCUCUGCUGCGGAAGCGGCUGCUUCCAAGGCUUCAGCGACGGCUUCUUCUGCUGUCUCUGACCAAUCAGGCACCAUUGGAUCGGUCGUCUCUCAAGCUCAAGCUUCUGCCUCGUCUAUCUCUGACGCCGCCUCUUCUGUGGUUCAUGACGCGACCCGAUCAGUCGUUUCGGCUGUUGGAGGAACACCAUCCCCUGAAGGCGCGUCAGAGCACCUGGAGUCGAUUGGCAAUGCGGUCAAGCAGGGUCACGCGUCCGUAGUUUCAGGUGCCUCCGACAAGGUUGAAUCCGCCAUUGCUUCGGUCAAGGAGGCCGUUGGCAACUCAGACUCCACGCAAAGUAUCAAAGGACGAGCCGAGGACGUUGUGUCAUCCGCGUCGGUCUCUGCUUCUUCCCUCGCAUCUGAAGCUUUCGACACCGGCUCGUCGAUAACCAGCAUCGCCUCGGAAACGCUCGUCUCCAUUCAAUCCGAGGCGUCUGCCAGUGCUUCGUCCCUCUCGGCUAAAGCGAAGAGCAUCGUUCCUGAGCGACCUUCGAUCUCUUCAUCCGGCAUCGAAGUGAUAUCCAGUGCAAGCUCGUUCCUGUCAUCCGCGUCGUCCGUCGGAUCGCAAAGUCUAGCAUCAGCCUCCUCUAUCGGCUCAAAGUCUGUCGCAUCAGGUGUUUCCAAAGGCUCAGAGAGCGCCUCGUCUCUCAUCUCUCAGGUCAGCUCUGGCGUACACUCUGUGACUAGAGAAGCUGCACGAGCUGCUGGAGCCACACCAUUUCCCGAGAAUGCGGGAGAAUAUGUCGAAGCUGCCACGGACGCGGUCAAGAGUGUCAUUGGCGAUGCCAGCCGGUCAGUGGAGAGCGGUGCUAGCGCCGUAAAGGAGGGGGUUCAUCAAGGUACAGAGCAUGCUAAGCAGGUGGUAGCUAGUGCUAGGGAUGAGUUAUAG